CCUGCGCGCAACUGUACUGUCACUCUCUUUAGCUCCAAACUCCAAAGCUUUCAGUUGGCCGUUAAUGGCGGCCUCUUCAGAUACCGUAGUAACGCCGUCAAGCCUCCGUCAGGCUUUCGGCAAUGUCUUCUCAUUAUUCAUUCUCAUUCUCAUCGGUGUUCUCGCUUUCUCGAUCCGUCUUUUCUCCGUGAUUAAGUAUGAAAGUGUUAUUCACGAGUUCGAUCCUUAUUUCAAUUACAGAGUUACUCAGUUUCUGACAAAGAAUGGAAUUUACGACUUCUGGAAUUGGUUUGAUGAUCGGACCUGGUACCCACUUGGACGAGUGAUUGGUGGAACUGUUUACCCUGGACUGACAUUGACCGCUGGCACCUUGUGGUGGAUACUUAAUUCUCUGAAUAUUCCUCUUUCUGUGGAAACUGUUUGUGUAUUUACUGCUCCUACAUUCUCUGCCUUUGCUGCUUGGGCAACAUACCUUCUGACAAAGGAAGUUAAAGGGCCUGGGGCUGGACUAACUGCUGCAGCUCUAUUAGCCAUGGUUCCGUCCUAUAUAUCUCGAUCAGUGGCCGGAAGCUACGACAAUGAAGCUGUGGCCAUAUUUGCCUUGAUCUUCACUUUCUAUCUCUAUAUAAAGACACUGAACACGGGUUCCCUCUUUUAUGCUACUCUAAAUGCCUUGGCAUACUUUUACAUGGUUUGCUCAUGGGGAGGAUAUACCUUUAUUAUCAACCUUAUUCCAAUGCACGCCCUACUUUGCAUCGUAACAGGGCGCUAUUCUUCACGGCUUUACAUUGCCUACGCUCCAUUGGUUAUCUUGGGAACGCUAUUGGCUGCUUUGGUCCCUGUUGUAGGUUUUAAUGCAGUCAUGACAUCAGAACAUUUUGCUUCAUUUCUGGUGUUCAUAAUUCUCAAUGUUGUGGGGCUUGUCUAUUACAUCAAAGGGAUUCUCACACCAAAAAUGUUCAAAGUAGCUGUGACUCUUGUUAUAUCUGCAGGCUUGAUUGUUUGCUGCGCUGUGGUAGCUGUGCUAAUUGCACUUGUUGCCUCUAGCCCAACAAAGGGAUGGAGUGGACGAAGCCUUAGCCUGCUUGACCCAACUUAUGCGAGCAAGUAUAUACCAAUUAUUGCCAGUGUUAGCGAACAUCAACCACCUACUUGGCCUUCUUACUUUAUGGACAUAAAUGUAUUAGCAUUCUUGGUCCCCGCAGGCAUUAUUGCAUGCUUUUUGCCGCUGACUGAUGCUAGCUCCUUUGUGAUUCUUUAUUUAGUGACUUCAGUAUACUUUUCUGGUGUUAUGGUCCGCCUAAUGCUUGUACUGGCCCCAGCGGCAUGUAUAAUGUCUGGGAUUGCUCUGUCAUCAGCUUUUGGUGUUUUUACUCGAUCAAUCAAAUUUGCAUCAAUUGGUAAACAGGUUGAUGCAGGGGAUACUGGUAAUGGUGUUACGCAGAAUGAUGUGGUGAAGCCUGAUAAAACUGAAGAACCACCAAAGGAAAAAGCUUCAAGAAAAAAGAAGAAAGAAAAGGAGAAUGUGGAAAAAACUCCUAUUGUUACUAAAAGUGAGAGGAGGCUUUUGAUGUUACCCAUGGAGGCUUCUGUUGUUGCUAUUCUUUUACUUAUGUUGCUGGGUGCCUUUUAUGUGGUUCAUUGUGUCUGGGCAGCUGCAGAAGCUUAUUCAGCUCCAUCUAUUGUCCUAACAUCACAUUCGCAUGAUGGACUUCAUGUAUUUGAUGACUUCAGAGAGGCUUAUGCAUGGUUGAGCCACAAUACUGAUGUAGAUGAUAAAGUGGCAUCAUGGUGGGAUUAUGGCUAUCAGACGACUGCCAUGGCAAAUCGCACUGUUAUUGUUGAUAAUAACACCUGGAAUAAUACACACAUUGCAACAGUUGGUACAGCCAUGUCCUCUCCUGAAAAAGCAGCCUGGGAAAUCUUCAAUUCUUUGGAUGUAAAAUAUGUUCUUGUUGUCUUUGGAGGUCUUGUUGGGUACCCCAGUGAUGAUAUCAACAAGUUCCUCUGGAUGGUUAGAAUAGGUGGGGGCGUCUUCCCUCAUAUCAAGGAGCCUGAUUAUCUGAGAGACGGUCAGUACCGGAUUGAUUCUAUGGCUACUCCAACCAUGCUGAACUGCCUUAUGUACAAACUAUCUUAUUACAGGUUUGUGGAGACUGAUGGGAAGGGUUUCGAUAGAGUUAGGCGGACUGAAAUUGGAAAGAAACAUUUUAAGCUCACCCACUUUGACGAGGUGUUUACUACUCACCACUGGAUGGUCCGGAUAUACAAACUAAAACCCCCUAAGAACAGAAUACGUGGAAAGACAAAGAAGUCUAAAUCGAAAUCUAACUCAGCUAGCUCGAAAAGAAGUGCAACACGAAAGAAGAAUCCCUGGCAUUAAAGGGCUACUCAUAACGAGCAACUUUUAUUUAUCAGCUUCAUGAUAGGAAUUCUUCAUACGAUGAGCUUUCAUGUGAAAAGGAUUGUGCUAAAACGCUGCAUCUUUUUUCCUCUAAUGUACGUGAAAUUAUCCCAUAUUCUGUAGUCCUCUUACCUUUUCCUUCAAGUUUUGAAUCGCCUUGAUAUUAUAUAGAGAAGACAUUUUCCCGGAGCUCCUUCCUGAUAUACUUGCAAGGAAUCACAUGUAUCUAUUGCUCACUGGACCAAUUAGUUUACUUUCCAAAAUGCUCAUCUGAGUCCAUCACCUUUAGUUGUAAUUGAGACUUUUGAAGUGUUAAAACUAUUCGGGUGAUAUUAGUGAUAGACAUUUUUUUAUCUCUGCUACUCUCAAGUAGAAGUACUAAUUUUUCCAA